AUGCCUGAAGUUUACCACGCGCAUCCCCUCUAUGGGUACGAUCGCGACUUCAAGGGCUAUGGCGAAAAGGGGCUGGACCCAAAAUGGCCCAACAAUGCGAAGAUUGCCGUGUCGUUUGUGAUCAACUAUGAAGAGGGAGGCGAGCGUAGCGUGCUGCGUGGCGAUGGCAUAUCGGAGCCCAAUCUGCGUGAGAACCCUGGAGGACCUCCCAGAGUAAACGAGCGCAACUACAAUGUCGAGUCCGAGUAUGAGUAUGGAAGCCGCGUUGGCUUCUGGAGACUCUUCAGGAUGUUCAAUGCUUUGAAGAUGAAGUUCACUCUGUAUGCCGUCGCGCAGGCGGUUGAGGAACAACCAGAAGUCGUCACAAGGUGUGUGGAGGAAGGUCAUGAUAUUGCGUCUCAUGCCUACCGAUGGAUUGAGUAUCACGACAUGUCUGUCGACAAGGAAAAAGAAUACAUCCGAAAGGCUGUUACUUCGUUGAAGAGUCUUAGCGGGUAUGCACCAAGGGGCUGGUACUAUGGCCGCAACAGCCCUCACUCGCGCACCCUUGUACCUCAGGUAUACGAGGAAAUGGGCGAGACGCUAGAGUGGAUGAGCGACACGUACGCCGACGACGUCCCUUACUGGAUCGACCUCAACCAUGAAAAGGAAUCGGCGAACCCCAAGGGCUGCUUAAUGGUGCCGUACUCGUACGACUGCAACGACUUUAAAUUUCACACGGCAGGCUCUGGUUUCCGCGACCCCCAGGGCUUCUUUGUUCAUCUAAAGAAUGCAUUUGACGUGCUGUACGAGGAGGGGCAGGAAGGCAUGCCCAAGAUGAUGACCAUUGGCCUUCACUGCCGGAUUAUUGGCAGGCCCGGGCGCUUUGCUGCGUUGAAGCAGUUUGCAGAGUACAUCAGCCAGAAGGAAGGCGUAUGGGUCGCAACCAGGUCUGAAAUUGCAGAAGCCUUUAAAAAGAACUACCCGUAUCGGCAAGGGUUUUUGGCUUAG